AUAAGAAAACCAACCAUAGUUGCCCAUGUACAACGAGAAAUCUUGAAAUUGGAUCUCACGGAUUUCUUCAACUGUUUUGUCGGCGGUUUUGUUGAAUCAAAAGAUCAAACAAAAGGUCUCCGAUAUGAUCUCAGUGCAAGCAGGCUUCCGGAUGUUCUCUCAAGAAGAGGAUAAGCUUCCAUGAAAGUUCUCCUGUUAGACGAGGACAUGUUGUUAGCAGCUGCACAUGGCAUCUGACCCCGCUCAUGUGCACCUCCCUCGACAUGCUACUGAUUCGCUCAGCUCAUCAACUGCUGCUCUCUGACAAGAAAUGCCAAUGAAACAGAUGAGUAAAUUUGUUUCUUUCCCAGUUUAAAUCAUGCACAGAUCAAUAGAAUUAAUCUCUUGUUUGCCUCCUAUCUAUCUUUUACGCAGGUGAGAUUAUCCGAUUGUGGUCCUCGUUUGAUCAGAUGCAGCAUCUGCUUUGCACAUUUCUGAGACGAGAUCGAGGAGCAGCUUUACAGCCAUGCAGACCUCAGCCUGAGGCAUCGCAGUGUGGCCAAUCAUGCAGACCUCACCACCAUGUGACAUGGAUUCCAUCAUCCCUUCCCUGACCACCUCUCCCCAUUAUGUCGACCUGCCUUGCCCACUCACACUCUUCGUGUAAGAGAGAGAAUGGUCCUCAAGUUGGCUCCUCUGCUUGCGGUCGUCUUCCUGCUAACCAGCCAUGGAUCGGCGGCGAGGUGCAGAGACAACAAGCCGAGGGUGCAGCAGACGCAGGUGGGCUUCGGCGAGCCGCCGAAGUUCGUGGUGGUGGUGCAGAACAGCUGCCCGAUGUGCCCCGCCGUUGACGUGCACAUCAACUGCGGAGGCUUCCCUCAGUCGCUUGCGGACCCGAAGGUGCUGAUGGUGAUCGGCUACGACGACUGCGUCGUCAACGGAGGACUGCCUCUGGCGCCGCUCCAGAAGCUCUCCUUCAACUACACCCACGAGAGGUUUGGCAUGUCGCCCAAGUCUUGGUUCUUGCAGUGCGAGUGACAGCACGCUUGACCGGCCAUUACUUGUUUCGACACUGAGCCCGAUUGAUUCUGAGGCGUACAUGACUACUGCAUGCAUGCGAUGCGAUGCGAUGCGAUGAGGUGAGAAAGAGCGAGCGAAGGAAGAGAGAGUAAGAGGAGUCAUUUUUCUAGAUUUUGAUGAAGAGAAUCAAGUAAUGUAUGGAGCGGAGGAAAUGGAAAUGAUGAUGGAUCCAAUGGUUGGUGCAAAGAUGAUGAUGAUGAUGAUAAAGAUGUUAGCUAAGAUUUGCUAUCGAUAGAUUACUUUUUAAUGUGAAAAGAUGUUAGCUAUGGUAAGUAGUAGACCUUUGACUAUCGAUA